AUGAAUGUAGAGCAUCUCGCAGAAGCAGGUGAGCCCUUCUCACAUGUCAGGGGAUACCAAGAUGACAACAUUGCUUGUCGUCUCACGGUUAUCCGGCUUGUGGCCAGGUUCUGCGAGGAAUUGGAUGAAGGGGAGGAGAUUGAACUCGCCACUAGAGUCUAUACCCAGCUUACACUGGAGGAUAGCCCGCUAGUCGAUCCAAGCUACGAAGCGGACGGUAGCCUCCUUUCCGAUGAUGUGUUCAAGCAGCUUCACAGGAUCAUGAAAGACCAGCUUGGGGCAUCGUACAAGCUUGCGCCUCGAAAAACUAUUUAG